UUUAACAUUUUAACAUUUUAAAAUUUUAAAAUUUUAACAUUUUAACAUUUUAACAUUUUAACAUUUUAACAUUUUAACAUUUUAACAUUUUAACAUUUUAACAUUUUAACAUUUUAACAUUUUAACAUUUGAACAUUUUAACAUUUGAACAUUUUAACAUUUUAACAUUUUAACAUUUUAAUAUUUUAACAUUUUAACAUUUUAAUAUUUUAACAUUUUUACUCAAAAAAAGAAAAGGCAUAAAAUAAUAAGGAUCCCAAAACGAACACACCAUGACACCUGACGUCGUCGCCUGAACCGUACGACGCUCCCAAACGAACGCACCAUGGUUGAGCGGGUUGAGCAAGCUGUCAAAUUUUUUCACUCGCGAUGCGUGUUCGAUCCUGUUUUGUUUGGCCGCAGUUUCAAAAGUUUUAAUCGAAAUGAAAUCGCGUGUGCUUGUGAAAAACCAAACUCCCGGCGUCAAAUCUGCCGGGUGACUGAUCCGGGAGGGAGAAGAAGAUUAGUGUCAGCAACUUUUGGAUCCUCAAUCGUCAACGAAUCAGAAGAGCUCCGGGAUGUAAAUAUCAGGCGUUUCAUGAAAUUUGGAGAUGGCGGAACCCCUCCUGCAGCAGCAGCAGAUGUUUGUCAUGGAGGCAUUUGCAACGGUGCGGAGCUAUUUGAUUACGGGACACGGAAGCUUGAUCAACGAAAUGAAGAAUUCAAAACAAAUCAAUCCGGAGUCUCCAGUCGACAAAAGGUACCGGCGGACAGACUGAACACACCACGGCAUCACCCACCCGAGGGGGAACAGGAACCGGUCUCGAUCGAGGGUUUCAAACGGAAUCGAAAGCGAAAGAAAACGUCGUGGAAGGAUUCCUUUUGGCGAUUUGCAAAAAGCUGAAGAAGGCGUUAACAAUUCAUGAACAAAUAAACAAAGUGGUUCAAUGUUGAAUAUAAAUAACAUACUAUGAAUAACAAUAAAACUACUGUAAAAUUUACUUUAUUUACUAUUUAUUUUAAUGUCCGAAAAUAGUUUUCACAGUAGUAUUUAGUGGGGAAUAAACCAUAAAGAAUUAUAAUUUUACUGUGUAAUUCAUUGUAAUGCUUAUUAGUUUUAUUGUCCGCAUAUAGUUUUUACCGCAUCAUUUACUAGAUAAAAAACCAUGAAGAACUGUAAAUUGACUGUGCAAUGCAUUGUAAUGCUUGCUGUUUUUAUUAUUAAUGUAUGAUGAUUUCUAUAGUCAGGACGAGUUUUUGGAUGAAAAAUGCAACAUUAGAUUAACAGUAAAAUGCGUCGUAUUUGGUAAAAAAAUGUAUGGAAAAAUUUCGAAAUUUUUAUGGUACCGGUGCAUAACAACCCCCCUUUUUUAUGGUAAAAUCCCAAAAUACGACGCAAAUUAUCUUAAAAAACGAUGCUGUCUACUGUUAAAACACUGUCAAAAUGACAAUAUAUUUUAUCGUUUUGUAACGUUAAAAUUUACUGUAAGUUCAUCAGAAAUCUUUAUGCGGG